UGCGUGUGUUUGUCGUUUUUAGACAAUAAAACUAUUUACGUUUCAGCUUUAUAUUUAAAUUCUACCAAGAAAAUAAUAUGGUUAUUUCUACUAAAACAAAACCGACUGUUAAAGUAACGGUUUCAGAUAACGAGUCAGAAUACGAAGUAGAUGACAGUGAUGAAGAUCAAAUAUCUACGAAAGAAUCUGACAGCGAUGGUGGAGGCGGAGAGGACGGAGAAAGCGGAAGUGGCGAAGAUAAAAGUGACUCAGAAGUUGGAAGUGAUGAAGAAGGUGGCAGUGAAGGAGAAGGUGGAAGUAAAGCAGCAGUAAUGCUAACAAAUGAAGGCUGGGCUGAUUCCGUGGCAAAGAUUUUGGGUACAAACAAACCAAAAAGCAAAAAGACCUUGGUUUUAUCAAGAGCUAAAAAACAUUCAGAAAUUGUAAAAAAAGUAAAAGAAGAGAAACCAGCUUUCGAAGUUGUUGGGGAAAGUGAGGAAAUCAAACCUGAGAUUAAAAAAGAAGUAACAGUUCCAACAGAGCCUCCUAAAAAGAAAAAGAAAGAAGAAAAAUCUACUGUACGUAUCAAACCAAAUAUCUUAGAAAAAGAUAGGGAAAGACUUUUGUCGAAAAUUGCUACAAAAGGUGUGGUGCAGUUAUUCAAUGCAGUGAGGAACCAACAAAAGACAAUGGAAAAAGAACUAGAUAAAGAUUUAACUGAAGCCAAAAAGGAGAAGAUAUUAAAAAAGUUUGAUAAGCGAGCAUUUUUAGAUACACUCAUGGGUCAAACAAAGUCAAUAAUUGUUGAUGAACAAACUAAGUCUUUGAAAAAUGAAAUUAAACCUGAAGAUGAAAAACCUAAAUGGAGUGCAUUGAGGGAUGACUUUAUGAUGGGAGCAAAAAUGAAAGAUUGGGACAAAGAACCAGCAGAUGACUGAAUAACUUAGAAUAUUUAUUGGUUAAAUAUGUACAUACAUUUAAAUGUA